AUGACUACGACCAUCUUGACACCAGGUUAUGCUGCUCCACCGCACCUAGUGUACACCCAGCACGUGACUACGGUCACCCCUUCGACCGCAGUACAAGCUCCGCUGCCGUACAUGCCCCGGAGGGAUAUGGUUCCUCCUCCACCUGGUUUUGCUGUCCUUGCCCCACCCCCUGACUUCGAGUGCCCGAAGAGCUCUCCCCUGGAUCGUCCUCCUGUAGCUGUCGCCGUACCUGCUUCCUCCGUUCCUGCCCGUGGAAUUGCUGCCGCUCCUGCAGGUCCCUCUGGACAGGUGGAGUUGGGCCGUGUUGCAACUGCCCCUGCUCCAUCCUGGAUGGAGGACCUGUCUGCUGUCCUGAAGAAGCUGGCAAAGAAGAUCAGGAAGAAGAGGAAGGUUUUGCGGGUUGACGUGACGGUCCCACCAGACUGUCCACAUGUCGAGGCUGGGAAGAGGUCCCCCCGGUCACCAGGACCAGCCUCGCCUGCUUCUGGUACCGUGGCACGUCGUGAGGACAGUGCUCGCUCUCACCGCGUUAGCGGACACUACCAGUCACCCAACCGUCGCUACCACCGGGACUGGACGGCUCGCACGACUGGUAGCAGCUUUAUGGGGUUAUAG